UAUAAACCCACAGAAGAAGAAGCGAAACUGAAGAGCCACAAGAAGAUACGCAUGUUUUGGCGUUUUUUGCUAACAAAAGUUUAAAUGUACUGAAUUCAUUAGAAUUUCGUGAAAGGUUUCGUCUCCAACAGGUUGUUUUUAUGAGACUAUUAUAUGUAACCCCUUACGACUAAUGGAUGCUGCAAUGUUUACCCUGCUGUGAGCUGAGAUUAUGUUGAGAUUGCCUGGAUUUUUCAAUGUUGUACGCAGGGCUCUCUGUACAAGUGCAGAAGAGAUGGGCAAGAAAGGAAACUUCUUCUACGCUGUGAGGAAAGGAUUCAGACCUGGAGUAUACAAAACAUGGGAGGAAUGUAAACAUCAAGUGGACAAGUUUGGCGCUGCCAGUUUUAAGAAAUUUGCCCUUGAAGAUGAUGCUUGGGCCUUUGUGAGGAGCCGAUCAACAGCAUCAUCUUUUGGCAGAACAGAGGGGUGUGACCAUGAGGUCCUGCCUCCUAGAAAUGUGCCUGAUGCCUCAAUGGUUUUUCCGCUCGGAAGGAAAAGGACCCGUGAAGACUCUCAAGAUGAGGGAGUGUCUAGUGUUAAACAAGUGAAACUGAUUGAGCCCCCACAGCCAAAGUCAGCUGCAGUCAGCAGUGAUGGCUUUACUUAUAUGGGUGAUGCAGUAGUGGUGUACACUGAUGGCUGUUGUACAGCCAAUGGGAGAAAUGGAGCACGUGCAGGAAUCGGUGUAUAUUGGGGGCGUGAUCAUGCACUUGCAGAUUUGAAUUAUCUUCCCAGGAAUGUGGCAGAGAGGCUUCCAGGGAGACAGACUAACCAAAGAGCAGAAUUACAGGCAGCUUGUAAGGCACUAGAGCAAGCCAUAGAAAUGAACUUUAAAAAGAUUGUGCUCUACACAGACAGCAAGUUCACCAUUAACGGCAUCACAAGUUGGGUCAAGACAUGGAAGACAAAUGGUUGGAGACUUAAAAGUGGUGGGAAUAUAAUCAACAAGGAAGACUUCCAAAAAUUGGACGAACUAAAUGCAGAUCUUGAGGUCGUAUGGAUUAUUUGACAUGCUGAUGAAUAUAAUCAUAUUAAAAGAUGCAUAUUCCAGGUCAUGCUGGAUAUACAGGCAAUGAGGAGGCAGACAGACUGUCCAGAGAGGGAGCGGCAAAGCCCUCUUGUUAGCAAUGAUAAUGUUAUUACUGUUGUCAUUGUUCAUUUUAUGAUGAUACACAAUGUUUUAGCUGCCUGGGAAUUAGUUUUUUAGUUUGUUUCCCCUUGAUAGCUAAUGCACUUUUUCAUGUUGUAAUAUUGAAAACAACACUAGAAAAGCAUUUCUUUUAUGAAGAGUGAUGCUUAUUCAAACUUUUUGGUUUUGAUUGUUGUUUGAAAUGUAAUUUUUGAUUUAUAUUGAUUCUGAAAUUGAUUCUUUGAACUUAAUUUGUUUCUCUCAGGAUACCCUGUUUUUUCUUUAAACACAUAAGAACUGUUUUGGGCGUUACAAGUAACAGAAAUAAUUGUUGUCAUAAUGCUUGUGUUAGCCAGCAGCAUGACCAUUAUUGUACCACUGCAAUUUGUUAUUGAUUCUCCUUGUAAUUUUUUAUGUGUUUGAAAUUAAAGGUAAAUUUACUUUUGUGUUA